AUGGAAUCACAACCUUUAGACGACUUCAUAAACUUUGAUAGUGCAACAAGAAUAUUAGCAGAGCAUUUUGCUCGAGGAGAUAUGGUGCAUCCUUUGGAAAUUCAUCGACAAGGUAAACCAAUCUAUGAUCAACAAAAGAAAAGAUUGAAUGAAUAUCUCGACCAAGUAAACGACACAGACUUGCUAGCAUUCCUAGGAAAAUAUAGAGGUCUGAAUGAGUUGCAAAGGAUGUAUACUAAAAAAGAUUGUAUCAUGAUUCUUUUCGAGCUUCACAAUUUCCACCAAUUACAUUUUCUUCCAUUCGCAAAUACUAAGGAUCUUUCAAAAGUAAUAACUACCGUUAAAAUGAAUCUUAUUGUUUAUACAUACUUAAGUAAUCUGAAUUUCCCAGUUUACUUUACAUAUUACAUGAAUAUGAAUUUCUUCCUUCGAAUAGAACCCCCCAAAAUUGAGAUUGAAGUAAAAGCUUCUUCAGAUAUUAGAGAUCACCACAUGAAAUCUCUAAUUGGAAACUUCUUCCCAGAAUCAAAUACCUUGAUCAAUUAUGAGCCGUCCGUUACAUCCACAUUUAGAAUAUAUAUGUCAAGACUUGAGGGGUUUGAAUUGUCAUAUGAGUAUCCAUAUGACGGCGAGAAGAACCUGGAACUGGAUAUAAAGCUGUAUUUUACUUCGAAUGUGUUAAAUCCUUUAUGUAAACUCUUGAAAGCAAGCUUGAGAAGGGUAGUCAGCUAUCAUCUGGAAAAACAAGGAGAUCUCAUUGAUGGUACACCAUCUGUAUCAGACAUUACCAUCGGAUCUUUCAACGUCAUGAACUUACCUAUCAAAUUGAAUAGGUUUUCGUUAGGAGAUUAUUUUAAUACGCAGAAUGUGGACCUGGUUAUUGGAUUUAAUGAGAAUUUUAGUCUGGUUCUUCUUCACUGUCUUUCAUUAGAUUCCUUUGUUGGAAUCUUAUCAAAUAGCAGUGAAAUGAUUGCUCUUGACUUCAGAGACUCGAUCCCACUGAAUGAAUUCUACCAAUUAGAAGAAGGAAAGAUUUUGAGGAAGAUCUCUUGUGAUAUGCACAAACUAACAAGUCCACUUCAGAUGCUUCUCUUCAUUAAUAAUUCCCUUCAAAGUCCACAACAAUUGGAGCAAACAAAACCUCUCCUUCAAAGAUUAAAAAUAAAAGGAAAAAAGAAAGAGUUUUCUGUUAACUCCCUUUAUAAAAAUUUGAAUAAUGGCUUAUUUCAGCUACUUUCAGCUAUACACAAAGGCGAAACACACCCGUGCUCGCAGUUAGAUGUAGCAAGUCAAUCAAUUUUAACAAACCAGUUCAUGCAUGAUAUACUUGGAGCUUUGGCUUUGAAUACCAAAAGGCUAUCAGAAGUUCUACGACCGUUAGAAAUUACUAGUUCAGAUGUUAUAAUUAAUAAAUUUAAAUUGAUCAAAAUAGUUUCUGGUGGUAAGUUUGGAACCAAAAAUUCUAUCGUUAUAAAGGUGAAGACUAGGUUUGAAACUGAUGCCAUUCUAAAAGUUUUCGACCCCAUACGGUCGGUAUCUAUGACUGUUGCAAAUGGUGAAGUAUCCAAGAGUCUAGCUAUCUGUCUUAAAAAUUUUUCUACUGAAGUACUUAUUCUUAAUAAGCUUCGCAAUUGUGAAUUUGUUCCAAAAAUUUCCGAAAUAGGUGUUAUUCUUAACAGUAACGUCAAGUACAUUUUCGAGUUGACUAUCAAAAGUCCUGCAGUAACGGGCUUAUUUAUUACCUAUCCUUUGAAGGGGAGGAUGCUUUGUGAAUUUAAUUAUCAUGACAAAUGCAAAUUGGAUAUUGCCGUUGGAGAAGUAGUUCAUAAAUUACAUCAACAAGGAGUAGCACAUUUGGAUUUAAAUGCGAAUAAUAUCAUUGUCGAAGAUCUAGAGUCCAAAAAGGUUCAUCUAAUAGAUUUUGGCCACUCAUAUUUGGAAUAUCAAUGGCCACAUUGUUAUUCAGAUGAUGGAAGUACUUAUUUUGAACAAUUGUGUCAAUUAGACUGGAAGGCUGUAGAUAAAAUUUUCAAGCCAUUAGAUAUUGAAUAA